UAAACUUUGUUAGUAUAUAUAUAUUCUGUAUAGUCUAUGCUUUUUCUUUUGGACCGUUCUGUCAAUUCGGUUCGCUACGAAGCGCGAGCUAAAUCUUAGCCAUGGUGCGUAUGAACGUAUUGAGUGACGCCUUAAAAUCUAUACAUAAUGCUGAAAAGCGAGGGAAAAGACAAGUCCUCAUCAGGCCCUGUUCCAAAGUCAUCGUUAAGUUUUUAACAGUGAUGAUGAAGCACGGUUACAUCGGAGAGUUUGAAAUCGUUGAUGAUCACAGAGCUGGCAAGAUUGUUGUAAAUCUCACAGGCAGACUAAACAAGUGUGGUGUCAUUUCACCUCGUUUUGAUGUUCCCAUCAACGAUAUUGAAAGAUGGACUAAUCUGCUCCCCUCACGACAGUUUGGUUACCUAGUCCUUACAACAAGUGGUGGCAUCAUGGACCAUGAAGAAGCCAGAAGAAAACACCUUGGAGGAAAAAUUUUAGGCUUCUUUUUCUAAGUUUACUUAAUACACGUCAAAAUGUA